AUGAAGUGUACCCACUCGGUAGCUGCUCUCGCUGCGGCUGUGGCGCUGGUCAUGGCCGCAGACGACGACCCGCUGUACCUGUGCGACUCGGACGCGUACUGCGACAAGACGUUCCCCGGCACUGUGUGCAUUCCCGUGAACAACUACGGCGACGUCGUGUCCAAGUGCACGCCCAACACGGCCAAGCGCCCCGCGUGUCGCGGCAGUCAGCCCGGUCUCUGUCCGUCGUUCCAGAGCGCCGACAUUGGCUACCUCAACGCGCACUGCGUGUUCGUGUCGGAGGAGUACUUGUCGCUCGGCGGCUCCGGCUCUGGCGCGGACGCGAGUCGCCGGCGCCUCGUGACUGUGGCCUCGAACUCGUCCACUGUCAAAGUGGCGUCGAACGCGUCUGCGGAGGCGGCGGUCUCGAACAGCGCGUCGGUGGGCGACAGUGAACUCGCGUCCAACGCCUCUCGCGCCGAAGCCGCCGCGUCGGCCGCUGAAGACGUCGGAGACGACGACGACGCGACGGCCACUGCGAGCGCCAGUGACCUGUUUUCGGCCAAGAUCGGCAAAGAGACUGUGAGCGGGCAGUUCAUCUGCAUUGACGUCUCGGACUGUCCAAACAAAGCCGCUGACCCCAGCACGUGUGAGCCUGUGGCCUGUCAAGCACCGACUUCGAAGGAGGUGUGCACCAAUCACGGCACGUGCACGUACAAGAGCAAGAAGCGGAUGACCAAGCGCACGUGCAUGUGCUACGCUGGCUACGAGGGCGACAAGUGCGAGAAGGAGGUGUCGAACGCCUGUGACGUCGACUGUGGCUCGGGCGGGGACUGUGUGGACGGCGAGUGCGUCUGCAAGGACGGGUUCAACGGCGUCGAGCACGAGGGCAAGAAGGGCAAACCCAACCAGCGCUGCACCCGCUGCACGAACGACCUCGCGUGCCAGAACGGCAACACGUGCGACACGGAGACUGGCAAAUGCAUCUGUGGCCCGGGAUUCACUGGCGACACUUGCGGUGCGACCGAAGACUCGUGCACGACGCGAACCGAUUGCGGCAUUGGGGCGUGCCAGGUGCUGGCCAACGGAUCGUCGGCGUGUUUCUGUCCCACGUGCCAGCCCGCGUGCAUGCUCUGCGACGUCGGAGUGAACGCCACGUUUGACUGCUCGACGUGUCCGACCGCCGCCUCUUCGUCCAUGCAGUCUUCCAAGCUGCUCGUGUUCACUUCGGUGUUGGUCGCUAUUAUGCUCGCCAACUUGGUCAUGUGA